ACGCGCGGUAUUUUGAACACAACAAAAACAAACAGCUGAGACAUCAACGUGCAAGCUUUCAAGCUGUAAACUCAAACGAAACUAACGCCUGUAAGCAACCAAAAACAUGUCAAAGAAAGCGCCAAGAGCAGCUUUGAAGCUCCACAUGAAGAAGAAAUCGGAUGUACGGAUAGGAAAAAACGCGGACUUGAUGGCCCAGCUGAAUCUUCUAGUUUUCCUACAUCGUCUGGCUGAGGAGUCCAGGGUCAAAGCCUUUGAGGAGAAAACAGCAACCAUCAAAGUUCACCAUGUCAGUGCUGUCGCCAAGAAACUGUUAAAGAGCACACGUGGAUAAUGUGGAAGACAGGAGCUCCCCAUCACAACAUUUUGUUUUUUUCCAACAGCACUGAUCCUGUGACCCAUAACAAUUAUAAACCAUGGACUGUCUAAGAUUUUGAGUGUAUUAUUUUUCAGGUCUUGUUUUGUGUGUAUGAUGAAAUUUAUGUAGUCAUGUCUUGUAAAAUGCUGGGCCCUCCUUACAAGCGCUAUUUGGAUGUAAUCUGUGUUCAGUUCCUUUCCAUGACUGUUGAACUUUUGCUUUUUAAUGGUAUUUGGAAAGUAAACCUUGGAUGAUGGACCAUAUCAUUCCCUGAUAUCUAUAGCAUCACAUGUGUCCCACAUCUCUUUAGGUCAUAUUAUUACUUUAUACCUGCUAAUAAACAAUUUGUACCACUUAACUUGGGUAACACAUGGUUGAGUAACCGUGCAGUGUUUCUUUCCUCGCUCUUUAAAACAACUAGACAUUUGGCCGACGGCCAUUGAUAACAGUGGGACCAUUAUCUGUGGCUACCCACCAAAGCAGGUUUUUAGCAGGAAAGUUCACACAGAUGAUUUUUCGUUCUCCUGUGUUGACUAACAAAGCUUUUAGAGCUCUUGUAAUGAGAGAGAUCAUUUUCAUUUAAAAUGAUUAAUUUAAUCAUUAAUAUCUAACCUACCCACAAAAAUAAAGUACUUGGGUGAAUCACAUUAAACCAGUCAAGAACAUGUGCAGGUCAUAUUUCACCUCAAUAUAAAUCUCUUCCAUAAAGAAAAUUAAGCCUGUUAUUUAGUUUGCUCGAAAAAGAAGGCUGCUGCCUUGUUGCCUUGCUCCCCAGUGGGGCAGUUGUGUUUUUGUGUAAAGGUACCUCUUAAGUAAACUGGUUUCAGACUGGCUUCCAAUUCACUAUUACGUUAAAUUCAAGUGAGCUUUAGAGAUAACCAAUUUAAUAUUUAAAGGCAAUCUGUGUAAUUUUUAUAUAUUGUUUUUAUAUAAAAAUUGAUCCUAUCUCGUUUUAAUAACCCAUUCAUAGGUUGACUUCCCCGAAGAAUGUAAACCCUAUGAUGCCUAAAUAUUGCUCCAUUUGUUUUAGUGGCCCGACAUGGCAACAUGGGCUCAACCAUUUAGGUUAGUUUGGGGCAGGACUACCUAUUUGUCUGAACAAUGCCACUAAAUUUCACACCACACCUUUAAAGCUGAAGUGUGUCAUUUCUGCAAAACAACUGCAACCAAACAGAAUUGCAAAAAUAAACAUUUGUUUUCAAACAGCUCUAACGAAUACAGCCAUUGAUUUAACAUGUUAUUUCAGUACGAUUAAUUAUAUAAAAAAUAUUGCGUAAAAAAUAUUAAUGCAAUUAAUCACGUCUCUGGACUGUAAUAAAAAUUAUUUAUGCCACUGGAGAAAUUCAAAGUUGAAGUACCACCUGUUCUCAGCAGGGGGCUGUAAGCGAAGCUCCGGCUGUAGAGGAAAUGCACAGCUCUGCAGACAAUAAAACACACUCAAGCUUGCUUGACACUUGUGCACAGAUGAGAAUGCAUUCUUGCAUUUUUACAAAUCUGGAUGGAGCAAAAUUCUUUUCUAAGUUUCAAACGACUUUUAACUUGACAGUGCUCUAAAAACGCAGUGUUUGACUCGACGCAAACAAAGUGAGAUGCUCCAAAAGCAUCUGUCUGAUGCAUAUGUACAUUGACGCGUCAUUAGAAAAGCCCUUGUGCUAAAUCUAUCACGGACAGAUUGAUGAAUUAAAUUGCAAAAUGGAUUGCUGUGGGCUGUAAGCCAAUGAUAGGCUUAUGUUCAGUAAUAUGGAAAUAACUACUAUAUUGACUUCUAAAGCCACUUUUUGUAUUGUCCUAUGCUUUACUCGUCUGCCACAAAAAUUUUAUGCAUUUUAAUUAUCUGAAUUAUAAUAUUUAGAAAGUAUAUUGACAAUUAUUUAAAUAUAGCUGUAAUUAUUUAAUCAUUAUAUAUUGAAUUAUUUUUGGCGUUUCUCAGCAAUUAUUUAUAUAUGCAAUCAGUUGCGAUUAAUUAGAUUAAUCAGCAUUUCAUGUGAUCAGUUCAAUUAAACAUUUUAAUCGAUAGGCAUCCCUACUCACAAACUCUCCCCAUCUGCCGUUGAUUGACAGAUAGUCCCAAACUCACAGCAUUUGUUGAGUCAGAGUUGCAGUGGUGGUCGGGAUGCUCAAACAAACAGAGCAAUAUUUGUAUAGUGACAGAGAGACAGUGUUUACAGUUUUCAUGGAAAUCAACCUAUGAAUGUCCUAAGGCCGAAGUAUACUUCGGUUUUCCGCAUGCUGGUACUUCUUGCGCACAGUGCACUUAACAUAAAUUUCAUCAUGCACACUGUCCACGCAUACUGUUUGCUUUCAGCCCAAUUUUCUAUGUAUGUCAUCUGCGCAUACGUCUUCCGUUAACUGUACUAAAGAGUAUCACAAAGCAGUCAUACGUCGAACACAUCCAUAUGGAGUCGCAGUAAAAAAAAGUAUACUUUGAAAGGCUAAGCGCUCCACUGUGCAUAAGACGACAUGCAUAAAAAUAAAGUAUAGCCUAGCCUUUGCUUUUAGUUGACACUUUAUAUUAUGCUGGGAUAAGUGAAAGAAUUUUAAUAUUAAAAAAGUUGCA